AUGUGCUUCCAGCUGCCUGGAGGCAAGUCUGGCUGCUUCGAGGUGCCCCCAGCCCUGCCAGCUGCUCUCAGCCUGGCAUCAUCCCGGGCAGGGGUUUCUGAGCAGGGCUGGGUGCGUGGCAGAGCGCCCCUGGCGCGGAGGCAGGGCAGCAUACGGCGCAGCGCCGCGGGCAUAUGCUGUGGGCACGGCGAGCGGCAGAUUGCGAUUGUAGCAGCGCUCCGCCGGCGAUCUGAGGCUGCUGGCCCAGCCCAGGUGCCAACACAGCUGGCUCGGGGUCGCCGUCCCCUGCACCCCCCAACCCUGCACAUGGUGAUUGAGGCACUGAAGGCCCAGGGCCAGGACCAGAAGAAGGGGGUUUCUGUGGUUGCCAUCAAGAGGUUUAUCCUGAGCAAGUACCCUGCUGUGGACCCCAUCCGCCUCAAGUACCUCCUGAAGCAGGCCCUGCACAAGGGGCUGAGCCGCGGGGACCUGGUGCGACCCCACAACUCCUCUGCCAUGGGUGCCACUGGGCGCUUCAAGUUAGCUCCUAAGAAGCCACAGAAGCAGCAGCCACCAGGCCAGGCAGAUCCUGACAGAGGACAAGCCCCAAAACCAGGAGGCAAAGGGACCAGCAAGACCCUCUGGGCCCCCACGGCGGGUGAGCAACAGCAAGGCAGCAAGCAGCAGCAGCCAGUGGCAGUGAAGAAGGCGAAGGCGAAGCUCGUGGACGCCAAGCCGCCAGCAGCACGGAAGCCCAGGAGCAGUGCAGCAAAGCCCCCGAAAGCUGCUGGCCACGCCGGGGCCCCAGGCGAAAGCCGUCCCAGGCCCCCCGCGGCUGCGGCUGCCAAGGACACAGGACGGGGCCAGCACACCGCCCCCGACGGCGCUGCAGCCGCACAGCCUCGCAGAGCCCCGGCGGGACAGAGCAAGGGGAAGGCCCCCAAGGCAGCCCAGAAAGAAGCCCCUAAGGCAAAGGGGGGCCCAGACAGGGUGAGGAAGCCACGUGUGACCCCGGGAGCCGGCAAAGGGGAGAAGGCAGACUCCAAAGCUGCAGGCAGGAAGGCUCCAUAGAGGCCCAUGCCCCAGCCCUGCAUGCAGCUGGUGCCCAGC